AUGAUUAGAAUAAUUAAUGGACAAACUUAUUUCACAUCAAAAUACCCAAAUAUUAUAAUACCAGAGAAACCAAUACCACAUUUAAUUUUAAAACAUAUAAGAUAUAAACCUGAUCAAGUUUUAUUAGUUGAUGGUUUAACUUUUAAAGAAUAUUCUUCACAUUUUGUCGCUGAUACAAUUGAAAAGGUUGCAUGUGGUUUAAAUAAAUUAAAUAUUAAAAAAGGUGAUGUACUUGGAGUAAUUCUACCAAAUUUACCAGAAUAUGUACCAAUAUUUCAUGGUACAUUAUUGAUGGGAGGCAUUACAUCAUUAGUUAAUCCAGACUAUACAAUUGAAGAGUUAUCACAUACAUUAGCAACAGUUUCACCAAGAUAUUUAGCAGUAACAUUAGCAGUAUAUGAAAAGAUUAAAAAUGAUUUAAAAAGAGUUUUUCCAAGUGUUGAAAAAGUGAUUUUAGUCGAUAUUGCAGGUCAAACUUUAAAAGAAAUUGAUCAAUUAACUUUAUCUAGUGAUGGAAUUGUAAUGUCGUUUAAUCAAUUAACUAAUAAUAAUGGUAAAGAUUACCCAAUCGUUAGAAUUGAUCUAACGAAAGAUACAGCUAUUAUUCCAUUUUCAAGUGGCACAACUGGAUUAUUUAAAGGUGUUUGUUUAAGUCACUAUAAUCUAGUCUCAAAUACAUAUCAAACUCAAACCAUUGAAACAUCAACCUAUAAAAAGAAUGAUAGCGUUAUUGGUGUCUUACCAUUCUUUCAUUCCUUUGGUUUAAUGUUACACAUAAUGUUGAUGGUGAAACAAGGUUAUCGAAUUGUUACCUUACCAAAAUUCGAACCAGUUAGAUUCUUGGAAUUAAUUAAAAAGUAUAAGGUUGCAAUGUCAUUCAUUGUUCCACCGAUUGCUAUCAUGUUUGCAAAAUCACCAAUCGUCGAUAAAUUUGAUCUCUCAAGUUUACGUACACUAUUUUGUGGUGCUGCUCCAUUAGGUUCAGAGAUUGAAGAUUUAAUUAAAGAAAGAUUCAAAGGCAGACUUGUAAUUAAACAAGGUUAUGGUGCUACCGAACUUAGUCCAUGUUGUUUUGUAACCCCAAAUGGAUUAGUUAAAUCGGGUUCCUCUGGUACCCUCUUACCCAAUCUAUUAGCUAAAAUCAUCUCUUCAGAGACUGGUGAGAAUUUAGGUAUGGGUGAAAAGGGUGAAAUCUGUAUUAAAGGUCCAAAUGUUAUGUUGGGUUAUUAUAACAAUGAAAAGGCAACCAAUGAAGUCAUAGAUAAAGAUGGAUUCUUAAAAACUGGUGAUAUUGGUUAUGUUGAUGAAGAUGGUUAUUUCUUUAUCAUCGAUAGAUCAAAGGAAUUGAUCAAAUGUAAAGGUUUCCAAGUACCACCUGCUGAAUUAGAAGCAUUACUAUUAUCUCAUCCAAAAGUUGCAGAUGCCUGUGUAGUAGGUCUUUCAAAAGGUGAUAUGGGUGAAGUACCAAGAGGUUUCGUUGUUAUUAAACAAAAUGAAUCUCUUACUGAAAAAGAACUCUUGGAUUGGGCUCACCCAAAAAUUGCAAAUUAUAAACAUUUCAGAGGUGGUAUCUUUUUCAUACCUGCAAUUCCUAAAUCUGCAACUGGUAAACUAUUACGUAAAAAUCUUAAAGAUUUUAAUAAUCUAAAAUUAUAA